AUGGUCUCUAUGGUGGACACGUCGCAUUCAAAUCAAAAUGACAUGGAGGUCGUACCUAAGCCCGAACCUCCCAUCGAGGGAUCAAUCAGUUCCGCCGUGUCGACGCCCGAAGCUGAGGGCGAGAUCCUGACGCAGGACGUGGCCCAGACGCAAAAGCGAAAGGGAGGAAGGAAACCUGUACGUAAGAAAAAAAAAAACGAAGCAGCAUCUUCCCCCUUUGUGAAAUCCGGGGCCCCGCAUUUUAUCCUGGAUUGUCGGCCCUUUUAUCUUCUUUCUUUUAUCUUCCUUUAUCUUGUUUGCUUUAUCGCUCUAUCAUUCUAUCGUUCCUUCAUCCAUUUAUCAGCGGCGUUAUGCAUCACAGCUCGUCCUGAUUGA